AUCAUGACUUUCGAAGAAGUCCUCGUGCAGAAAACCGCCGUGAGAGUUCAGUCCACCGGCAAGGCACUGGAAGAAGUUUUGAUUUCGGCUAAAAACAACAAAUGCCUAACCAUUGGAGUCCACGAGUCUGCUAAAGUUAUGAAUGUUGAUCCUGACAGCGUGUCCUUCUGCGUGCUGGCAACCGAUGAGGAGUACGAGUGUGACAUCGCAUUGCAGAUUCACUUCACCCUCAUCCAGGCGUUCUGUUUCGACAACGACAUCAGUAUCGUCAGAGUGAACGACAUGCAGCGACUGGUCGACCUUUUGGGCGACAAGGCUGGGGAUGUUGAAGAUGCGCACUGCGUCCUUAUCACGAACCCAGCUGAAGGAUCGUGGGAGGACCCAGCUCUGGAGAAGCUGCACCUGUUCUGCGAGGAAAGCCGUAGCCUGAAUGACUGGGUGCCGGAGAUCACUCUCCCCGAGCGCUGA